CCUCACGAGAAUCUCUGAAGAUCUGCGAGUGGCAGCUUCAAGGAUACAAAACCUGGGUUUUGCAAGACCAAACAGCCACCACUUCAAUCCUUCCCUUCCAUGGCAAAAGUUUCUGAUCAUAUCUCUAUUGCGUAUGGACUCUGUUCGCUCAUCCACCCAAGUGUCUGCGCAUUGACUGAUUGUUGCUUCUCCAUGUUGUAGAAUUAUGGGGGGAACAGGAACGGGGAAGACCACUUUUACAAAUCUUAUCAGCGACUCCGGAUUCAAAAUUGGGAAUGGGCUUGAAUCUUGCACCAAGCAUAUUCAGACGAUUGAUUUCACUUUCAACAAUCACAUUGUCACCCUCAUCGAUGUUCCUGGUUUCGACGAUACGAACAAAAGCGACGCCGAUAUCCUCAAAAUGAUCGCUGAUUUCCUUGCAUCCGAAUACAAGGCGGGGCGACGUCUUAGCGGGAUCAUGUAUCUGCACCGUAUAUCUGAUGUCAGGAUGGGAGGCGCUUCCAAACGCAACUUUGCCAUGUUUGAAAAGUUAUGCGGCCAGGAUGCUUUCUCCAACGUGGCAAUCGUCACAACCCGAUGGGAUCAGGAGGAAGAAGCAGUCGCAAAGGCACGGCUAGAGGAACUGAAGACGAAACCUCAGUUGUACAAGCCCAUUCUUGACGGCGGCGGAGCGAUAUUCCGGCACGAGCGAACUCGAGAGUCUGCAAAUGCAAUUUUAUCACAUCUCGUUGCGAAAACCGCGACAUCACUUCUGAUACAACGCGAAAUGGUUGAAGAGUCCAAGGGAAUAUCGGAAACCGCGGCGGGAAAGGAGCUCCAGCAGGAAAUUCUCAGACAAGUGGAGAAGCACCAGCAGGAGAUGGACGAACUCCUAGAAGAAUUGAAGAACAAUCGCGAAACAUCCGAGUUUGAGGAGCUAGAGGCUGAAUGUGAAGCUCUUCAGGAGCAAGCUACGCACUGGCAGGAGGAAGCUCGGAAGCUCGCUGAAACUUCUACUCCGAUUAAGCCCAACCUUCUAAACGAAUCCUCUCCACAACCGUUGUUUGACACCACGGUUACGCACAGUGUACUACCAAGCGCACGCGAUGAUGAUGGGUUUUUUGGGGCCAGUAUCAAUGGAAAAGCUCCCAAUCUUUGUGAUUCGGAUCGUAGGGGAGCAAGGGCAAAGCUCGAGGUAGCAGUGAAAUACCUCUUAGAUGCUAUCACCACAGUCCUGCAUACAGCAGAUUCCCUGAGGCGAGAAGUUACAGCGUCCACUGGAAGCCGCAAUUACAGUAAAUAAUUCUGAAUAUACAGGAGUCUCUGGUGGACGAUUUGUUACCCUCGUUGGCGGUGACUUGACGGUGGUGAUAGAGGCGGCGCCAUGGAGAAAUGCUAAAAACAAGAGUUGGGGUGUUCGCUGUAAAUAAACGAGGUCAAAGCUGACAGUAGAGCUUAUUAGCAGCAA